AUGGCAGAUCUUUUGGCAGAAGUUAAGAAACGUUUGACCUCCGAUGAUGAGAUUUCGCGAAAACUCUUCCAACGCGAGUUACACGAAACUAUUGCCUCUGCCGAGACACCCAAAGAGACGGCAAUCCGCUUAUCUCUCUAUCCUUUGCAGACCGCAGCAGCUCGAAUCGGUCAUGACCUGAAGAUUUUCCAGACAUUGGAUACCCAGGGUCCUCUGACUGUCAAAGAGCUACAGGCUUUGACAGGCGCCCACCCUCUGACUCUUUACCGUCUACUGAGAUACAUGGCUUCUGUUGGUUUGAUCCGCCAGACCGCGGCCGAUAGGUUCGAAGCAAACAGCAAAUGUCACCACCUUGCGACGCCUGAGGCUAUUACGAUCGUGACACAUUUCUUCGAGAACUGCGUACCCCUCUUCCAGGAAAUGCCAGCGUUCUUGCGGAAGAACAAAUACCAAGACGUUACAGAUGGCAAGGCCACUAUCUUCCAAUCCGCAUACAAUACCGACCUCGAUACCUAUACAUAUUUUUCUCAGCACCCCGAGAAUCUGCAGGCUCUUAUAAAAUACAUGGGUCUGGAGCAAGGCGUGCGAGGUCGCUGGCUAGAGGCGUACCCAUUUGAAAAGCAUACACAGGGCUGGAACCCAAACCCCGAAGAGGCUCUUUUCGUGGAUAUUGGUGGCAAUGUAGGACAUUAUUGCGCACUAUUCAAAAAGACAUUCCCUGAAAUCCCAGGCCGCAUCGUGUUGGAAGAUUUACCUGGCACUUUGGCUCAUUCUUUGCCAACGCCAGGAGUCGAGAAACUAGGACACGAUUUUUUCCAGCCGCAGCCAAUUAAAGGUGCCAAGUUCUAUCAUCUGGGCUGGAUUCUGCACAACUGGAGCGAUGAGAAAGCAAAGACCAUCUUGCACCAAAUCAAAUUGGCCAUGACACCACAGUCUGUACUGCUUAUAAAUGACAUGAUCCUUCCAGAAACACAGGUUCCGGCGUAUGCCACUGCGCUGGACUUGGUCAUGCUAGGUGCAUGUGGUAGCCUGGAGAGGACCGGGCAGCAGUGGAAGGAUCUGCUUGUGGAGGUCGGCUUGGUGAUUAAGGAUGCCAAUGUAUACGACCACGAGCUCUUCCAUGGUAUAAUUUCUGCGACAGUAGCAUAA